AUGCCUCCAAUCGACUACUCAAAAUGGGACAAUAUCGACACGGACUCAGACUCGGAGCCUGAGACAACCUCGGUUCCGCGUCCUCAACCGUCCAGACCAGCCGCAUCUCUGCCGUCCAGACCAGCUGCACCCCAGCCGUCCACCCCAGCUGCACCCCAGCCGUCCACCUCCACCGCCCCUCAAGCGUCCACCCCAGCCGCACCCGCCAACCAAACGCCCUCCAAAAAGGACCUUAUCAAGGCAGUGAUGGUUCGAUACAAGGGCGACCCCGGGCCCGUCUGGUCGCAAAUUACCAUCCCCUCAGACCACCCCGUCUUCAGAAACCGCGUCCCUCCCGUGCCAGCCCUUCUCGAGUUCCCUAUCAUCAUCCACCGGGUCGGGACUUUUGACACUGGGGCAUUUGGUUGCCUCGAUAAUCAGCCCAUCACAUACCUAAACAUCGAACCGCACAACGGUUUUGCGCCCCCGGAGUGGCAACGAGGGGUUGGGAGUUGCAUUGUAGCCAACAAGAAUAAGAAGGAUUUCACGAGAGAGCAGUUUGAGGCGAUCUUCAUGUACUGUGAUCGGAUCCUUGAUUACUUUGGCGAAUCUAUACCACCACCUCCCCACUUCUUCACCAGAAAGGAGUUCGAGCGGUGGUACGAACAGUAUGAUCACAAUUGCAGGCUGAAUGAUCGGAAUGACUGGACUCCGGGUCCGUCGUUGUAUGACGUGUGA